AUGGGAAAUUCAAUUUCUGAAUCAUCAGAAGGUGCCAAAACGGCCCUGAUUGAAGAAACGAACGACGAUGAUACAGACAGGGUUUCAUUAACGCCCAUGUAUGAUUGGAACCUUUCCAAUUUUCAACAAUUAUUGAUUGAGAAUGGAAUUGAAAAAUCUGUGGCUCAGAAAUUUAAUAGCAAGAAUGAUAACUUGUCAAUAUACUUGUCCAGAUACAAAAGUGUUGGAGAAGCUCUUUUUCACAUUUCAUCAUGUCAACUCAUUGCUCAAGUCACACAGGAUACCUAUGCGGCCAAAAAAAUAUAUAGUUUAUUGAAGAAAACAAAACAAGAACAGAUUUUAUCAAGAGUCAUUUCACCUGAAAAGAAAAUUGAAUUGGAAAAAAAUUAUCUUCGUUUUAUGGACAAAAUAUUUGAAAAAAACAUUCCAGAAAAUUAUCAAGUGAUGGAUUUCAGUGAUGACACUUCAUUGGUAAAAGAUUUAGUGGAUGACACUGAUUUAAGCUGGCAACAAACAGAUCAAUCACCCUCUCUCUCAACCACCUCAACAUCUCAUGAAUCCUUCCUUUCCAGUACCUCCUUUUCCUAUAACUCAACAGUUAAUAUUGAUUCCACUCUUGCUGCUUCCUUUGACGCAGAAAAUGCAACUCCCGCCGCCUCCACUUCCUCUCCUUUUUUUUCGUCACAUCAACCAUUUUCUAAACAACCAAGUCGAUCCAGUACUCCAGUCUCCAUCUCCUUUUCUCCCACUUCUAAUGCUAACAACUCCAAGCAAAAAUCUCAAAUGUAUCACCCAGUAGGGCUUUUUUCAUCUGAACUUUUAUCAGAAUCUGAAAUGAAUGCGAUCAAGAAUUGUUGUAAAAAAUUAGAAAAGUCAUUCAAGCAGUCACAAACGCAGCUUUUGAUCACCGCUCAAAAUUUAUGCCUUCCAGAUCGAUUCAAAUAUCGAUAUUUUCAUCCUUAUAUUAAGCAAAACGAUUUUGUUGUCAGAGGUUCGUCGAAAAAGAAGGUAUCUCUUCCUGUGAAGUUGGUAAUUACUACGCUGCAUGAAAAUCAAAUGCAUCGAUUUAUUCGCCGUGUUGGGCACAUUGCAAAUAUUGCAAACACCGAUGAAAAAGGAGGGUUUGGUUUAUUCCAUACUGCUCUCAUUGUUGGAAAUUGGUAUAUCGAGUUUAAUGAUAAUUCUAUUGCUUGUGUUAGACCUAUUUCCUCGAGUAAGGCUGUGUUUGUUUAUCAUUUAAAAGCCUUUGGGGAAGCUGAAAUCAAUGAAGUCAUUAACAAAAUUACUCGAGUGUGUUGUACAUGGAAUGCAACUCAAUAUUAUGAUGUCAAAACUGCAAAUUGUCAACAUUUUACUCAAACCGUUCUGAAAGCCAUUGGAAUUGACCUGAAAAACUCUACAGAAAUAUCACCUCUUGUGAAGGACUAUUUUUUCAAAUUGAAAAAGUAUGGAAUCUGUUCCAUGACCUACUCCAUCCCAAAACCAAUCAAGCCAUCGUUUAAUUUUGACGAGAUUACCUUCAAAACUCACCAAGAAUUAGACCAAUUUUGGUUAACUGUCAAUGCAAAACAUCAUGCUUGGGUGAACACGGAGGAAGGAAAGAAUCACGAAAAUUUGUUGAAGAGUUAUGACCGAGCGUUUUGGCUUAGGAGACAAUCCUCCAAAGACAUGUGCAACGAAGUGAAUGAACCUUUGCGAGAUAAUGACGAAACACAUCGAUGCCUGUGUCCCUUCAAUGAAUAUGAAUGUGAAACACACUCAUUCUUACUUGCUGACAGUGUGUCAGGAAAUAAUUUUCUUGGCAGUUGGUGCCCAGAAUAUCCUUCUCGAGUUGGUUAA